AUGUCCCCCAGUUCUCCAGGGUCCAUAGCUGAAUGGCGCACGACGGUUGCCAUAGCCGUCCAGGUAGAACACCGUGAGAAACUUCUCGUCAAGCGCCUGUUGGUCGGCGACGAAAAUCGGACCGUUGUCAGAUGCGGCGCCCUUUUUGAUAUGGUCGAAGAUGAGGCUUACUUGAUCCAGCGUGUCUUCAUAAUCGAACUCGGCGAGUUCCUCAUGGAUGCCAGCCACCUCGGUCUCAUUCAGGCCUCGGUGUAUUAUCUGCUGGCCCCGGUGUCCGAAAAGCUCGGGCAGGACGUCCAAACUGGGCCGCCCAAGCGACAGGCAGCUCCUCUGCCUUCAUGA